GGGACACCCUCAGACACCCCCAUGGUGGGGUCAGGGAACACAUGGCAGGGUGGUGGAGCCCCAGAGAGGGACACAGAGACCCCAGAGAGGGGCACAGAGACCCCACAGAGGGGCACAGAGACCCCAGAGAGGGGCACAGAGACCCCACAGAGGGGUCAGGGACCCCAGAGAGGGGUCAGGGACACCAUGAGGGGCACAGAGACCCCAGAGAGGGGUCAGGGACACCAUGAGGGGUCCGGGACACCAUGGAAGGAUGUAGGAACUCCACAGGGGGGACACACACCCCAUGGAAGGGGGUCAGGUAUCCCACAGAGGGGUGUCAGGGACCCCACGGGUGGUUUUGGGGACCCCACGGGAGGAUGCUGGGAUGUGGGGGGUGUUUUAGGGAACCGAUGGAGGAUUUAGGGGCUCUGGGGUGAGGCCAGAAGGGGUCCCCAAAGCUGCGGGAUGCAGUGACCCCAUGAGGGAAGGGGGCUCCAGGUUUGGGGCCCAUGGCAGAGCAGGACUGGGCGCUGGAGCCGGGCUGGCUUCUCUCCCCCGCCGGCCGCCCCUACCUGGACUCCAUCCUGCACAAGAACCAGCGGAGAGUGUUCGGUCUGCUGGAGCGCCCUGCGCUGCCGCCCGCCCUGGCUGUCCCCACUGUCACCUACAAACUCUUCCUGGCCGGGAAAAGCGGCGUCGGCAAAACAGCGCUGGUGGCCUGGCUGGGGGGGACCCCCGGGCUGCUCGCCCACCACGAGACCCUGGGCAUCGAGGCCACCACGCUGUUCUGGCCGGCCAAGCCCCGCGGCAGCAGCCGCCCCGUCCUGUUCCAGCUGCACCUCUGGGACUGCGGGGAUGGAGCGCUCAGGAAGUUCGAGCACCUGCUGCCCGCCUGUAAGGAGGAGGCGGACGCUGCCCUGUUCCUGUUCUCCUUCACGGACCGCGCGUCCUUCGAGGAGCUGCCGGCGCUCAUGGACCGCGUGCUGGGCCCCGGGGACCGCGACAUCAUCAGGAUGGUCGUGGGCACCAAAUUCGACCUGGCCCCACACGCGGCCGUGACGGAGGGGGACGUGCGGGCCUUCGAGGGGAGGUGGGGGCUGCGGGUGCUGCGGGCCCGGGGGUCCCCGGGGAGCGGCGGGGCUCGGGCGGGGCUGGCCCGGGUCGCCCCCGUGCUGGACGCCCUGGUCGAGGGGCUCUGGCGGCGCGACCAAGUGACCGCCGGUGUCACCCCCGCCAGCACGGGGGACACUCCCAGCUGAACCCCCUCUCGGGGUGGGAUUGCGGGGUGGGAGGGAUAAAGGUGUUCUUUUGAUAAAAUCGGUGAUUUUCUUAAAAAAAAAAAAAAGA